CUCCUUCUCCUUCUCCUCCCCUUCCCCCCCCCCCGCCGCUGCUGCUGCUCCGCAAUCGGGGAUAAAUCAGGGAAGCGGACACACGCACGGAGUGAGCAGGGAUCCGUUACAAAAGUAGCGCUGAUGGCGGCGGAUCGGAUGAAGCUGGAGCUGCUGCCGGAGUAACAGAGCGGAGUGCCUCUCUCGCUCUCUCCUCUCUUCCCCCUCUCCACCCACCGAUCUCCAUCGUUUCUCCUCCUCCUCCCCACCCUCGGCCGCGCUCUCUGCACAUCGCUGGGCUGUGCCAGGGGGCGGGCGGGGGCAGCGGAGGAGCCUUUAAAAACCGGCGGCCCCCCCACACCCGGCACGCACAAUAAUUGAAUUUAUUAUUACCGUCUCGCCGACUUGGGGGGAAAAAAAAGAGGGAUCGAUCUUCGAUCAGGAAGAUGGCUGCUGGCUGGCUGCUGGUCUUUAGCCUGACACUUUUCCAGUCCCUGGUGAUGAACCACUCCUCGGAGGGCCCGUUCCCUUCGCCCACCACGAUAAAAUCAUGGGUAGAUAAGAUGCAAGAAGACCUCAUAACAUUGGCACGAACUGCAAGUGGAGUGGAACAGCUUGCUGCGAUAUAUUUGAAAAACAAAGAUUUGUAUACUGUGGAAGCCAACAAUCCUCGUCAGCUAGUGGAAAUUGCAGCCAGAGACAUUGAAAAACUGCUGAGCAACAGAUCUAAGGCUUUGGUGCGCCUCGCUAAAGAAGCAGAGAAGUACCAAGCAUCACAUCAGUGGAGGGAUGAGUUUGGGAAUAAUGAUAUAAUCUAUUACAAUGCAAAAGAUGAUCAGAAUGAUCCUGAAAAGAAUGACACUGAAUCUGGCAGCCAGAGAAUCAGACCAGUAUUUGAAGAAGAUCCUGUUUUCCGACGGCAAACGUCUUACCAACAUGCAGCAGUUCACAUACCAACAGAUAUUUAUGAAGGCUCAACAAUAGUGUUAAAUGAACUCAAUUGGACUGCAGCAUUGGAUGAUGUAUUCAAGCGGAACAGAGAAGAAGACCCUACUUUGUUAUGGCAAGUUUUUGGUAGUGCAACUGGCCUCGCUAGGUAUUACCCAGCUUCCCCGUGGGUAGAUAAUAGUCGAACUCCAAACAAAAUAGAUCUAUAUGAUGUUCGCAGAAGACCAUGGUAUAUCCAAGGAGCUGCAUCUCCCAAAGACAUGCUUAUUUUAGUUGACGCGAGCGGGAGUGUCAGUGGAUUGACGCUGAAGCUGAUCCGCACGUCAGUCAUUGAGAUGUUAGAGACCUUGUCUGAUGAUGACUUUGUGAAUGUAGUUUCAUUUAACAAUAAUGCUCAGAAUGUCAGUUGCUUUAAUCAUCUUGUCCAAGCUAAUGUGAGGAACAAGAAGAAGCUGAAGGAAGCUGUGGAUAAAAUCUCUGCUAAAGGAAUUACUGAUUACAAAAAAGGCUUUAGCUACGCUUUUGAACAGCUGCUGAAUCACAGUGUUUCUAGAGCUAACUGCAAUAAGAUUAUAAUGUUGUUUACGGAUGGCGGUGAAGAAAGAGCGCAAGAAAUAUUCCAUAAAUAUAAUGAAGACAAAAAAGUACGUGUGUUCACAUUUUCUGUUGGUCAACAUAAUUAUGACAAAGGACCUAUUCAGUGGAUGGCCUGUGAAAAUAAAGGCUAUUAUUAUGAAAUUCCAUCCAUUGGAGCCAUAAGAAUAAACACCCAGGAAUAUCUGGAUGUUUUGGGAAGGCCAAUGGUGUUAGCUGGAGAAAAAGCCAAACAGGUCCAAUGGACAAAUGUCUAUCUGGAUGCUCUGGAGCUGGGACUUGUGAUUACAGGAACUCUGCCUGUCUUCAAUCUAACAAAAGAACAAAAUGGAAAAAUAAACCAGUUGAUUCUUGGAGUAAUGGGGGUUGAUGUCUCUCUGGAAGACAUAAAAAAGCUGACACCUCGAUUUACGCUUUGUCCAAAUGGAUACUACUUUGCAAUUGAUCCUAAUGGGUACGUGCUACUUCAUCCAAAUCUUCAACCAAAGGAGCCAGUAACACUGGAUUUUCUAGAUGCUGAACUGGAAAAUGAUAUUAAAGUUGAGAUUCGAAAAAAAAUGAUAGACGGAGAAAGUGGAGAAAAAACAUUUGAAACUCUGGUCAAGUCCCAGGAUGAGAGAUACAUUGAUAAAGGAAAUCGAACAUAUACAUGGACGGCUGUGAAUGGCACUGAUUACAGUUUGGCAUUGGUGUUACCAUCAUACAGCUUUUAUUAUAUCAAAGCUAAAAUAGAAGAACCAAUAACUCAAGCCAGAUAUUCAGAAACACUGAAGCUUGAUCAUUUUGAUGAAGCUGGCUAUACGUUUAUAGCACCAAGAGAAUAUUGUACUGAUGUAAAGAAAUCGGAAAACAACACUGAAUUUUUAUUAAAUUUCAAUGAGUUUAUUGAUAGAAAUACUCCAAGCAGUCCAUCAUGUAAUACUGAUAUGGUCAUUAGAGUUCUGCUGGAUGCAGGAUUUACAAAUGAACUUGCCCAGAAUUAUUGGAGUAAACUGUAUCUUGAUGGAGUUGUUGCGCAGUUUGUUGUUACGGAUGGUGGAAUUACCAGAGUGUUCCCCAAAAGGGCAGGAGAAGAUUGGUUGGAGAAUGCAGAAACUUAUGAAGUCAGUUUCUAUAAACGAAGUUUAGAUAAUGACAACUAUAUUUUCACAGCUCCAUACUACAACAAAACCGGUGCCAAUAGCUAUGAAUCAGGUAUUAUGGUAAGCAAGGCAGUGGAAAUAACAAUUAAUGGAAAACUUCUGAAACCUGCAGUUGUUGGAAUAAAAAUUGAUGUAACCAGAUGGAUGGAAAAUUUCACAAAAACCACAAUCAAGAGCCUGUGCAACAGUGAAAUCUGUGGCUGUGAAAAAAAUAGUAUGCAUGUGGACUGUGUUAUCCUUGAUGAUGGUGGAUUUCUUCUGAUGUCAAAUCGGGAUGAAUAUACCCAACAGAUUGGAAGAUUCUUUGGUGAAAUUGACCCGGGCUUGAUGAGAAACUUAAUUAACAUGUCCCUGUAUGCCUUUAACAAGUCGUAUGACUAUCAGUCAGUCUGUGAUCCUGAAGAAGAACCAAAGCAAGGAGCUGGACUUCGUUCGGCUUAUGUGCCUACAAUAGCAGAUAUUUUGCAUCUAGGAUGGUGGGCUUCGGCAGCUGCCUGGUCUAUCUUACAGCAGCUGUUUUUGAGCUUGACUUUCCCACGUUUCCUUGAGGCAGCUGAUAUGGAAGACGAUGAUUUUUCUACUGCUCUGCCUAAAACAAGUUGUAUCACUGAGCAAACUCAGUAUUUCUUUGAAAAUGAUGAUAAAUCUUUUAUUGGGAUUGUAGACUGCAUCAACUGUUCAAGACUUUAUCAUGCAGAGAAGAUUUCAAACACCAAUCUAGUAUUCAUUAUUAGUGACAGCCAACUGCUGUGCCGCUCCUGUGAUCCAAAGCCACUGAUGCAAGCAGAAAAGCCGGAUGAAGGGCCAAAUCCUUGUGAAAUGGUCAAACAGCCCAGAUACAGAAAAGGUCCUGAUGUCUGUUUUGAUGAAGCCAAACAGGAAGAUUCGGCUGACUGUGGUGGUGCCUCUGGUCUGAGUCCAUCACUGUGGUCUAUGGUAGGAAUUCAAUUGGUCCUGCUUUGGCUCUUAUCUGGCAGCAGACACUACCAGUUAUGACCUUGCUAAAACAAAACCUGCAUAACUUAAUCAAGAUUCGGCCAAAUGAUAGCCUCAGUUCCAUUUUAAUAAGGGUCAGCUAUUCAGACAGAAGCAGAACAGCAAUGUUCAUGUCUGUUUAUCAUGCGUUGUGAGAUUCAUAAAGGCACUCAAAAUGGCUGCAUAUUGGAGUGUCAAUCCUUAACGUAUGCGAAUGCUGCAUCAUCUCUGCCACCCGAACAGAAUUCCAUACAUGCUUCAUUGGGGAAUCUAAGAUUUUUUUCAUUCUUUUGUUGUUGUAAUCUUGAUGACUUCAUGUAAAAGGGCUCCCCUGACCAUAGCUUAUGUAUAUGAUUUUCAUUUAUUUUAAGCUUUGGAUUUCUUGAAGAUUUAUAUUCUUUUACAUGAACAUUUAUUUAUGAAAGAAAAAAAGAAAAAAAAGAGAGUAUACUCCCCAGUAUACAUUGCUAGCACCACAAUGGCUGCUUUGAACAACAAGUUCAUCCAAACUGUUUGAGUGAAAUGAAAAUGUUGGCUAGCCUUCAUCAGAAGCUCAGUGUGAUUGAAAUGCUUUUGAGUGGUUUAUUCUUCCUAAGUUAAUCAGAACAGGUAGCUGGCAAUAUUUAGGUGGGCUCAUAAUUUGUUAAUUUAGAGAAAAGAAUGGAAAAAGGAGGAAAUUACUAUUUUUAAAAAUAUAAAGAUGCUUGAGAGUGUAAUUUAAAAACAAUUUUUUUAAUCUUGGUGUCAUCUUUUAUCAGAAGAAUAAUAAUUUCUAUUUACUAUUCACCUCCUUUUCACAAUGACAGAUAUACAUAUAAGGUAGUCAAGUCCUUCAAAGAUUGAAAAAAAGACUUGUGAAUACUAACAAAAAAAAAAGUACAUGUGAUAUUUGAAUGUUGGUUUCCAAGGGUAUUUUGCAUGAUGAUGAUGAUUCUGCAUUUUUAAGUUAGUUUUCUUUGAUGGUAGAGUGUAGUCCAUUGCAAAGGUAACUGAAUGGUUCUUUUAUUGUGUGAGAAACUGAACAUUGCAAUGUGUUGCAAUCAAUUCAUAUUAAAUUAUAUUAUGAAAUAGAGCUCUGAAUAUACUGUGCAAUGAAAAGCUGAGAAAAUAGGGUAAAUUUAGCUAUCAUAAUGAAAAGGUUGAGUUGGAUUUUUUUACAUAAUAGUGAUCUCACAUUAAAACCUGUGUACAGAUAUUUUAAGUAUAUAAAAAAAUCAGAUUUUGCAUAUUUAUUUUUGAAAGUAUAUGUUCACUAAGGUUCAUAUCAGGUUCCUCCUUUGUUUGCUUUAAAAUUCAUCCAGACUAUUAAAAUUAUACUGUUGCUAUUUGUUAUUGAAAAUAACAAAAUUAACAGCAAAAUUACCUGGUUUCUGAGAUUGGGAAAAAUCUAAACAAAUGGGGAGCCUUGAAUCUGUAUGUAUGCACAUUGAUACUUGAUUGUGAAUAAUAAUUUUAGAAGUUGUUUUUAUACAACCUCAUUUGUGAUACAGAUUGGUGCAGUAAAUUGCAAUAUUACAGUGUAUCAUAGUGUUGAUGCAAAAUAUGGUUUGUGCUUUUUUCUAGUUUUCAGAACUAAACAGUAUUGCAAGACAGCUAAGCCAAUGAAUGUGCAACUCUGCUGAUAUUGUAUAAUUCUGCUAAAAACUGCAAUAUGCAAAUAUUAACAUGGCACAAUAUACUAGCUCUUUAAAAACUUAAGAAAAUUCAAAGCAUUGGUAUGUGUUUGCUGGCAAUUGAUUGAUAUAAUUUUGAUCAUGUCAAAAGCUUAAAGAAACAAUUGGGCAUGCAUUACUACCCUAUGAAACAUGAAGAAGUUACUCAAAGCCAUGGCAUGGCUUAAAAGAUCAGAUGUCUAAUUGUACCCACGGCUGGUUUGUUGUUUUCCUCAUGAACCUUGGCUCCAGCAAUGUAUUUUCUCAUCUUUGGAAGUACAAUGAGUAAAAACAGUAAAAACUGACCUUCUGUUCAGUAAUAAAUUUUAGCUUUUAAAAAAUACCUCUUGUUCAGUCAUGGGGUCUAAAUUACAGUCAACUCUGUUGGAUGACUUCAGGUCCUCCUCAGGGAAGGUGAGCUAAUGUUAAUGCUAUGAGUAAAGGUAAUCUUGCAACUCUUCUAAGAGUUAUAUUACUGCACUUCUUAUUAAAAACAAAACAACAACAACAAGAAAACAAUAAUAAUAAUUGCUAAUAUUUCUAAUCCUUAAACUCUAUUCUGCAUAUUUUCCGUAACAUGGUCUAAUGAAAUCAUAUGAAGGAACAAAGUUUGUAGGAUUAAGCCAAUUCUUAAUAAGCACAUUUGCUUUUACUUUAAGAUUAGCUAAAAUACACAUUACUAUGCAUCUUGCUCUUUUAAUUUCUUGAAUGAUUGCCAGUAUAAGAAGUGCUAUACAUUUUUCACUUAACUACCGAAAAGAAACCCUUCAUGGAAAAGUUACAUUACUGAGAUGUUAGAAUAAUUUGGUUAUAUGAGCGACUCUUAUUCUGAGUUAGUUAAUAAACAUUUGAUGAGGGUCUGUAGGAAGGAGGAAAGAUAGUACAAACUGUAAUGCCACAGAAACCAAGUGGGGUUUUUGAUCUCAUUCCACCUCCCUUAGAGAGCUUGCAUACAAAAAGGAGGGAGAAGUCCAUGCAAUGCAGACACAUUAUCCUUUUUGGGCUAUCCAGAGAGGGAAAUACUCUUUGUUCCUCUCCUCUGCCCCUCUCUAGGACUUGAAGAAUCAUUUCUUUAUAUAGACCUAGCCUUUUAGCCAUUAAACCUGUCUGAUAGAAAACUCAGGAUUUUGGUUGUAUGGAAUUGACUUAUCUAUAAAAUACAAAGCACCAGAACACCAGAAAGCAAAUGCAAUGUGAAUGUUAGCUAUCUCAAAGUGUGAAGAACAGUCUGUUAGAAAUAUCUUCCAUGAAUAACUAAUUAUUAUGCAGAAGAAUAUCCUUACUCUCACAUAAUGUGUAGUAGUCAACUUCUCUUUGUAAGAAAAGAAACUUGAUCUUAGGCUUGAAAUUGAAACAUUUUCAAACUACAAUAUGCUGUAAAAAGUUUUUUUGAAGUCACAUAAUAAACUAUGUUGGUAUUUGCUCAGAUCCUUUAAAUAGCACUAAGGGACAGAGAUAAACUGCUGUUUUCAUUUGCACAGAAGUCAUGUGGCCUACUGUACGUCUGAUAAAUAACCACCAUUAAAGUUCUCACAGUGUGGUACUGUACAAGUGUGAUCCGAAGACUUAACAUGAAAGGUUUCUUCUUUUCUUUCCCUUUUGUUUGUUUAAACAACCAGCAUUACUGCCAAGACACUAACCGUGGUCCAUAUUUGUAUCAGGUUUUUAACAUGACAUAGCAGGUUUGAUUGACAAGAUUUUUAGGUCCUGUAUCAUUAAGACUUUAGUAUGAUAUUUUUCAUGUUUCUAAUGCUUGAGGCUUUACUGCUUAACUUGACAAAAAAAAAAAAAAAAAAAAAAAACACAACAACAAAAAAACAAGUGUUGCUGCCAUUUGUAAUUUUUCCUAUAAUAUUCCUUUUACUAACUUAAAAACUGGCCUUACUGGGUUCAAAUAGGCAGUAUCCCUUUUAAGUGACCUUUGCAACCCAAGUGUUACUUGCUGCAGUUGAGAGUUUUUUGGUAUCACUGAAGAGACAUUAAGAACUUUUUUUCCCAUCAACAUGUAAGCUCAGAAAGUGUGCUUAGUAUCUCUUAAUUUCAAAAUACAACCUCAGUCUCACUGGUCCUAAAAAUUCAGACACUAGUACACUGGUUAUAAGAGGUAUAUUAAUGCCUACAAAGCACUGCAGUGCUCUCUGAUGGUUUUUAGAAUGUCGACUGAAGGUGAAAUCUUAAUCACUCUUUAGGUGAAAUUUUACCCUAGCUUCAUCAACAUCUAAGCCUUUUAAAACGGCCAGAUUUUUUUUUCUUCCAUACCAAGAUGUUAAUAUUGUUAAUAAUCAUUGUACACUACUGUAAAAAGAUUAAAACAAAGUGUCUGAAAACAAUUCAAGAGUUUUGAAAAGUUAGCCUAACCUUCCUAGCUACUUGCAUCUGUACUGUUUAUGGUUUAAAAGAAAAAUACCAUCUUGAAGAAAUAAUUUCACUGAAGCUAAAAGAGUACUGUUGUUCAGAUGCCAUGAAAAUGCGAUUGUGAUCUGACAAAGCUGUCUUCUCUUCUUGUGUUGUAUGGAAUGUCUGGAUCAUGCUUUCUGGGAUAUUUUUAUUGAAAUGCUCAGUGUGCGUUUCUGCAAAAAAGGCUUGCUUGCUCUUACAAGGCAAAGCAAGUCUUUCUCCCUUUUAUUGUGUUCUCUUGACACUUUUGUGGAACUUGACAAGCCUGGAAAAAGAAAUUUUUGUAAAAAUUUGUACAAUAAUGUUAUAAAAAGUUUAUAAUCCUAGAACUGUUGUGUUAAUUCUUGUGCAAAAACAGUAUAUUCAGAAUAAAAAUUUAUCAUUUA